GUAUUCCAAUUCAUUACACCCUUCAUAUCCCCCUUCAUCUUAACUAAUGACAAAACCUUAUCCAAGACGUACACUUAAAACCAUUCUUAAAGCGCAUAUACCUCAUCGUCGCCUUGCAAAAAACCUUGAUGUCCUUGUUUAUCUUGAUUAUCUUUUGUUUAUAAGCACAUUAGUUCGAACAGCUACACUUGAAGCACGUCAAAUGAACGAGAAAACAUUACGUGUAGCGCAUCUUGAUAAAACAAUCCAAUUAUCACUUGAUAAAUUCCGUGGAUAAAAGGAGUUUAUGAAUAAGAAUAUAUUAUGAAUGUAUCUUGUU